GUCUCCGCGUCGCUGGGUGGGAGUUGGCUUGGCGGCCAUGGGCAAGCAGAACAGCAAGCUGCGGCCGGAGAUGCUGCAGGACCUGCGGGAGAACACGGAGUUCUCGGAGCUGGAGCUGCAGGAGUGGUACAAGGGCUUCCUCAAGGACUGUCCCACGGGCAUCCUCAACGUGGACGAGUUCAAGAAGAUCUACGCCAACUUCUUCCCGUAUGGCGACGCCUCCAAAUUUGCCGAGCACGUCUUCCGCACGUUCGACACCAACAGCGACGGCACCAUUGACUUCCGGGAGUUCAUCAUCGCGCUGAGCGUGACCUCGCGCGGCCGCCUGGAGCAGAAGCUCAUGUGGGCCUUCAGCAUGUACGACCUGGACGGCAACGGCUACAUCAGCCGCGAGGAGAUGCUCGAGAUCGUGCAGGCCAUUUACAAGAUGGUUUCGUCCGUGAUGAAGAUGCCGGAGGACGAGUCGACCCCAGAAAAGAGGACCGAGAAAAUCUUCCGCCAAAUGGACACAAACAACGACGGCAAGCUGUCCCUGGAGGAGUUCAUCCGCGGGGCCAAAAGCGACCCGUCCAUCGUGCGCCUGCUGCAGUGCGACCCCAGCAGCGCCUCCCAGUUCUGA